CAUUAUUAUUGGUACUAGGGACAUAUUUAAGUAGGUACAGGCAGAAAUAAUUGCAGAAGUACCCGCUUAAAUUUAAUGUGAUUGAAUUUAAAUUUAGAUUAAAUACACUUCAGUGUUUUUAUUGAGGCCUCAUUCUGACUGGAUGUCAGCUCAAUGUGGAUAACAUCAAGUGUCUGAAAGGUUUUCAUGUAAAUUCAUUUGAAGUGAUUUUUUGACUGCCAAGAUAGAAAAGUACUAAAUUCUUACACAACAAUUUCGUUGUUUUGCUGUUAAUUAUAGCAAAGGAAGAUGCAAACUGUGCAGUGUGCGACAGCCCGGGAGACCUCUUAGAUCAGUUCUUUUGUACCACUUGUGGGCAGCACUAUCACGGAAUGUGCCUGGACAUAGCAGUUACUCCAUUAAAACGUGCAGGUUGGCAAUGUCCCGAGUGCAAAGUGUGCCAGAACUGCAAACAAUCGGGAGAAGAUAGCAAGAUGCUAGUGUGUGAUACGUGUGACAAAGGGUAUCAUACUUUUUGUCUUCAACCAGUUAUGAAAUCAGUACCAACCAAUGGCUGGAAAUGCAAAAAUUGCAGAAUAUGUGUGGAGUGUGGCACACGAUCUAGUUCUCAAUGGCACCACAAUUGCCUGAUAUGUGACACGUGCUACCAACAGCAGGAUAACUUAUGUCCUUUCUGUGGAAAGUGCUACCAUCCAGAAUUGCAGGAAGACAUGCUGCAUUGCAACAUAUGUAAGAGAUGGGUUCACUUAGAAUGUGACAAACCAACAGAUCAUGAACUGGACUCUCAGCUUAAAGAAGAGUAUAUCUGCUUGUAUUGUAAACACGUAGGAGCUGGGAUGGAUCCCUUACAGCCAGGCGAGGAAGUGAGAAUGGCUGAACUCACUACAGAUUACAACAAUGAAAUGGAAGUUGAAGGACCUGAAGAUAAAGUGGUAUUUCUGGAGCGAGCAGUUGACAAAGAUGGCACACCUGGAGUUGUUCCAGAUGCAGUUCAAGUCCACACUGAAGAGCAACAAAAGAGUAAUCCACCAGGAAGUCUUGACACAGAUGAUCUUCUUAUUUCUGAAUCAUCCCACAAUAAAAUGGAUCCUGAAUUGGAAAAUGAGAUUUCUCAUGAAAUUGGUAGUGAAAAAAUGGAAAUUUCUUCUAAAAUGAUGACUAUUUGUGAAGCUCAAAAUGAAGACAAAAUGGAAGUGAUGGAAAACCUUGAAGUCCUUACACACCCGAUCAUUGUGCAGCACGAGAAAUUGCAGUUGUUAGAGGAAACUAAAUUGGUGGUAUCCAAAGAAGAACUAAGUCCUCCAAAAUCCACCAUGGAAUCUGUCACGGUUCCACCAAAAGCCUUAGUGUCCCAAAGUGUGGAAAGUACUUCUUUAGGUUCUAAAGAACAGUUGGUUGUAGAAAGGGCACAAAAAGAAAUGGAACAGAAAGAAAAUUCAGAGUUGUCUACUGGGUUGAUAGACUUUGAAAGGACUUCUACAGUUGAGGAUUGUGUGAAAGACGAUCCAUGUGAGAGAGACAAAUCUACAAAAUUACCAUCUGAAGCAGAUUCAUCACUUUCUUCAUUAGCAGGCAUAAGCAAGGCAAGCAUGUCUUCCUCUCCAGCACUUCCUUCAGACUUGCCUUCACAUGACAUGCUGCAUGGCUGCCCUUCAGCCCUCAACUCUUCUGCUGGAAACAUUAUGCCAACAACUUACGUCUCAGUCACUCCAAAAAUUGGCAUGGGUAAACCAGCUAUUACCAAAAGAAAAUUUUCUCCUGGUAGACCCCGAUCCAAGCAGGGGGCUUGGAGUACCCAUAAUACAGUGAACCCACCUUCCUGGUCCCCAGACAUUUCAGAAAGUCGGGAAAUUUUUAAACCCAGGCAGCUUCCUGGCAGUGCCAUUUGGAGCAUCAAAGUGGGCCGUGGGUCUGGAUUUCCAGGGAAGCGGAGACCUCGAGGUGCAGGACUGUCAGGACGAGGUGGCAGAGGCAGGUCUAAACUAAAAAGUGGAAUUGGAGCUGUUGUGUUGCCAGGGGUGUCUACGGCAGAUAUUUCAUUGAAUAAGGACGAAGAAGAAAACUCUAUGCACAACACAGUUGUGUUGUUUUCUAGUAGUGACAAGUUUACUUUGCAUCAGGAUAUGUGUGUGGUUUGUGGCAGUUUUGGCCAAGGAGCAGAAGGAAGAUUACUUGCUUGUUCCCAGUGUGGUCAGUGUUACCAUCCGUACUGUGUCAGUAUUAAGAUCACUAAAGUGGUUCUUAGCAAAGGUUGGAGGUGUCUUGAGUGCACUGUGUGUGAAGCCUGUGGGAAGGCGACUGACCCUGGAAGACUCCUUCUGUGUGAUGACUGUGACAUAAGCUAUCACACCUACUGCCUUGACCCUCCACUGCAAACAGUUCCCAAAGGAGGCUGGAAGUGCAAAUGGUGCGUUUGGUGCAGACACUGUGGAGCAACAUCUGCAGGUCUGAGAUGUGAGUGGCAAAACAAUUACACACAAUGUGCUCCUUGUGCCAGCUUGUCUUCCUGCCCGGUGUGCUAUCGAAACUAUAGAGAAGAAGAUCUUAUUCUGCAGUGUAGACAAUGUGAUAGGUAUUGUGCCUGUUUAUUUUCCUUUUGUAUUUGUUGUAGUCUUCUUUCUUUUUUAAAUGUAGUGAAAGGAACUUUCCUUGAUCAUAAAUUUAAGAAACAAAACUUUGCUUUCUAGGUUUUUAGUCACCCACACACUUGCAGACAUGAUCUAUUGUAAAUUCUCAGUUAUUGACAAAAGAUCUUGAACUGGGGCUUUUUGAAAGAUAUAUGAAUUCCUUGAAAUUAGAUGCAGAAUUAUUGCCUGCAUAUA